GCUACUUUGCGCCAAAUUGGGCUACUUUUUUUUUAGUUUGGCGUUAAAAAAAGCAUUUGGCGCCCUGGCUACUUUUUGGGCUACGAAAAUUUGACUUGGCUACAUUUUGGGCUGGUUAAACAAAUUAUUUCAUCCUUUGUUUUGCACCUAGAGUGGUAAUACCUGUGAGCUGUCUACUCGUUUCGUUUUUAAACAUAAAUAAAUUAUAAAACUUAUAUAAAUUAUACUAUUAUUGGUAUUAAAAUGGGCAAAUGGACAAAGUAUUCUCGGUCCUUUCGUAAAGAAUGGCUUCAAGAUAAAAACCUUAAAGAUUGGAUUUCAGAAGAUCCAACAGCAGAGGACCAUGUUUUCUGUAAAUAUUGCAAGUGUAGUGUACGUGCACAUUAUUCUGAUUUAAUGAAACAUGUUGCUACAAAGAAACAUAAGUCUAAUGAAGUUCAGUGUGGUAAGUUUCAGCCUCUGAAUGUACUUGAAGUGCCUAGAGUAUUGCCAUUAGCAAAAAUUCGCAGAGAGGCUCGAAUUGCUCUGUUUGCUGCAAUGAGCACAUCUAUAAACUCUGUUGAUACUCUUGGAGAAAUUCUGAAUGAUGAGUUUAAAGAUGUAAGCAAUGGCAAAGAAACAUUUCAUAUGCAUCGUACGAAAUGUUCUGCUCUAAUAAAAAAUGUUUUGGGACCUUAUCUACAGCAGAAACAUCUAGAAGAUUUGAAAACAGCAACAAAAUUCUCUCUUAUGAUAGAUGAGUCAACUGACGUAUCCGAUUCAAAGCUCCUUGCUCUCUGCUCCAAACAUUACAGCAGAGAAUCGGGAAAAAUGAUCACUUGCUUCCUUGACGUGGUUGAAAUUCAAGAUGGAUGUGCUACAACUAUGCACGAUGCAGUUGUGUAUAAAAUGCAAGAGCUGGGUCUAGACAAAAAUAAAUUGAUUGGAAUUGCAACUGAUGGUGCUGCUUCUAUGUGUGGAAGAAACAACUCUCUUUAUACACAUUUGAGAGACUUUUGUGGGUAUGAUCUGAUACAUGUUAAAUGCAUCUGCCACUCUUUGGAUUUGGUGGCAUCUGCAGCGAAGGAUGAGCUGCCAAGUAAUAUCAGCUUCAUGCUACAGGAAACAACUGAACAUUUUUCUCACAGUACACUGCGUAAGAAUAUCUACAAACAUCUAUUUCAUGUGAUGAAUGAUACUACUGAUGAAGUUUCAGCUGACCCAUUAAAGUUAACAACCCCAAGCAAGACACGAUGGCUAUCUAUUUCUCUUUGUGUAGAAAGAAUUCUUAAUCAGUAUGAAGACCUGAAGUUAUAUUUUUCAGUUUAUCCUGCAAAGGACUACAAGAUACGUCUUCUUAGUGAAAUGUACGGAGAUGCUAGAAAUAAAGCAUAUUUGCUUUUUCUGGAUCCCAUUCUUUCGGAACUCCGGAGAGUCAACUUACUUUUUCAAAGUGAAAAUAUAGAUACUUUCGCAGCUAUUAAUGAAUUACAGUCACUGUUUAUAUCAUUUGCAAAAAGAAUUAUAAAACCUUCAGUCAUAAAUAACCAUUCUCUAGAACAGUUCUUGUGCAUGGAUUUGAUGAAUUUAAAAUCAGUGUACUUGCUCAUACCUGACUGUGACUUGGGUACAAAUUUUCACAGUUUUCUCGAAACUUCAUCAUUUUCAGUUCAUUCAAAAUUUGAGAUUAAGGAAAGAUGCUUUAAUUUUUUAAAAACAACAAUUCAUCAAUUACAAAUUCGGCUACCAAAUUCAAUACAGUGGUCAAAUCUAGUGGAAAGUGUGCGACCUGCAAAACUUUUACAGAUUUACGAAAUUGAAUCAAUCAUAAAAAACAUUUCCAAAAUACCGAAAUCCAUAUGCGAUUUUAACAGCGUGGAAUUAGAGAAGAUGAUACGCUGUGUCCAAAACAUUCCAGGAAUUACUCCAGACACAACGGGAGAACAUUUUUGGAAAACAGUUAUUGAAUAUAAGGAUACUGCAGGUAAUAAUCCUGCAACACGACUUGCUGAAGCAGCGUUGAAUAUACUUACACUACCGAUAUCAAAUGCUUCAGUAGAAAGAGCUUUUUCUGCUGUUAAUUAUUUAAAAAGUGACACAAGGAACAGAAUGGGGUUGCAACUUUUACGUGCACUCCUUCACAUUCGAUUGUAUUUACUUUCCAGAGACAUACGUGUGAGUGAAUGCAAAUUACCUGAAGAAUUACUUAAAAGUAUUAAUAGUUCUAUGUAUGAUUAAGGCAUAUUAUAAAUUAUAACAACAAUUAUGUAGGUUAUAAAAAUAUAAUCUGUAUAUUUAUUGUGUUGCAUUUAUUCCAUUAGUUUUUAAGCCUGAAUAAAUAGAAUACUUACAAACCGAUGUUAAUGUUUUAAAUUUUAAAUACUGCACCUAUUGAAUCUAAUGCUUUAUACAUGUUGACUGUGGCAUUUAGCUCGAGAGCAGGGUUGUUCCAAGCCUUUCUAAAAGGGUACUAAAAAGAGUAUUAGAUAACAAAAAAUGGUAUUAAGUUUUCUUUAAAAAAUC